AUGGCGACCAAACCAAAUGUCGCGUUCAUUGGCUUGGGUGCCAUGGGAAUGGGCAUGGCACUGCAUCUGCUCGAAGAUGGUUUCCGGGUAAGCGGAUUCGAUGUCAGCCCUAAGGCGCUGGAGAUGUUGGCAUCAAAGGGUGGAUUUGCCGCAUCAAGUCCACAAGAGAGUGCCAGAGACGCUUCGUAUAUUAUCUGUAUGGUAGCGAAUGCGGAGCAGAUCAAGAAUGUGCUCUUUGCAGAAUCUAGAGGUGCGGUGUUUGGCCUUCCGCACGAUGCAAUCGUUAUUAUUUGUUCCACAGUUGCGCCGGCAUUCCCACAGGAAGUCCUUAGAUUAUUCAAAGAGGAUUUUCAAAGACCAGAUAUCAGAGUGGUGGAUUGCCCUGUAUCUGGGGGAACCGUACGCGCUGCUCAAGGUACAUUGACCAUCCUGUCCUCUGGAUCUUCAGCGACUCUAAAGGACACCAAACCGAUCCUGGAAUCGAUGUCAGAAUGCCUCUACGAGAUCAAAGGAGGACUGGGCGCGGCAAACAAAGUCAAACUCAUCAACCAACAGCUUGCGGGCAUUCAUAUUGCCAUAUCAGCAGAGGCGAUGGGACUGGCUGCUACUCUGGGCUUGAAUACGAAGCACUUGUAUGAAAGCGUCCUGGGUACUUCGGCGCACAGUUGGAUGUUUGAGAACCGAGUUCCUCAUAUGCUAGCGGAUGAUUGGACACCAUACUCCGCGCUCGGUAUUUUUGUGAAAGACAUGGGAAUCGUAACUUCGGAAGGUCUCAAUCGGAAAUUCCCGCUAUUCCUUGCAUCAACUGCAGAACAGUUAUAUCUCCUUGGUGCACAAAUGGAAUAUGAGCGGGAAGAUGACUCCGGCGUUGUCCGAGUGUUUCUCCCCAAGAGUCCAUCUUUAGUUUCGGAUAGCAAAUCAACCCAGAUGGACGUUUCGCAAUUUGCUGGAGCCUACAAGCUGAUCCAUCAAUUGCUGGAAAUAGUUCACACUGCAGCAGCGAUUGAGGCUGUCGCACUAGGUAUCAAUCUCGGCUUGCAGGCUAGUGAGCUAAUUUCAAUUAUCUCUAAUGCGGCUGGUGUAAGCGAAUCCUUCAAAGUCGUGGCGCCAAAAGCCGUGCUUGGAGAUUUUACUUCCGGCUGCACCAUCGCACAGACUCGGGACACGCUGGUAAGCCUGCUUUACAUGUAG